UCCGGUGUCUUCUGGCACACGACAGGUCCCAGAAGGCUCCGGGUCAUUCACAAAGCGCAGCGCUUCUCGCGCAUGCGCAGUGGGCACCCGGCUGUCACAGAAGCCGCCGCGGAAAGAAGAGGGAAGGACAACUCCGCAAAAGUGGGAGCAGGUAGCUGUCAAAUUCAGUCUCUGGUCAUCUCCUGUACUGUGUCUGCAGUCUCUGGUCAUCUCCUGUACUGUGUCCGCAGUCUCUGGUCAUCUCCUGUACUGUGUCCGCAGUCUGGUCAUCUCCUGUACUGUGUCCGCAGUCUCUGGUCAUCUCCUGUACUAUGUCCACAGUCUCUGGUCAUCUCCUGUACUGUGUCCGCAGUCUCUGGUCAUCCCCUGUACUGUGUCCGCAGU